CUCGUCGUCUCAUUUUUCAGAUACUUCUUUUGCGCUAAUUGCUUCAAGUUCCUCCCUCUCCCUCCCUUCCGCUAGAAAUUUCAGGAUAAAUUGGGAAAUUUUGGUGUGGAAUUGGGGUGGAAAGUAGGAGGAGGAGUGAUUGAUCGGUGGAGGUGAUGGCGACGGCGGUGCCGGAGGUGUACGCGAGGGACGCGAUGAUCGCGUGGUUUCGGGGCGAGUUCGCGGCGGCUAACGCGAUCAUCGACGCCCUGUGCGGGCACCUGGUGCAGAUCGGAGAGGGGAAGGAGUACGAGGCGGUUUUCGCUGCCAUACACCGGCGUCGACUGAACUGGAUCCCCGUGCUCCACAUGCAAAAGUACUACUCCAUCGCCGAUAUCACCGACGAGCUCGGCUUGGUGGCGGCCAACUCCGCGGCGGUCUACUUCGCCUCCGCGGCCGAGGAGCCGCUGGAGGCGAAGCAGCUGGCGGCGACGCCGGAGGAGGAGAAGACGAUGGAGAGCGGCGACGCUCAGGCGGAUGAGGACCAUGCUGCUUCGGAGGAUACGGCCGCCGAUGGCGCUACGAUCGCGGUUGAAGAUGAAGCGGCGGCAGCGGCGGAGGAACCUGCAACUGGUGCUGCUGCGGAGGGGGAACUGACCGAAGGAGGUAGGGUCGGCCUCGAGGAGGAAGCGGCGCCGGCGGAGGUUCGUUCCGGUGAUUCUUCAGAUCACAAGAGUGCCGAAGACGGUGACGGCAAAGGAGGAUCUCAAGAGGAAGGAACUUUGUUCGACAAGGUCAAUAUUUGCGUGGACCAUGAAGAUUGCUUGGCACGUCCUGAAAGGAUCAAGAUCUCAAAAGGUUUUGUGGCCAAGGAGGCAGUGAAAGGGCAUAUGGUCAAUGUUGUAAAAGGUCUUAAGUUGUAUGAGGACAUUUUCACAGACUCAGAGCUUGUCGGGCUUGCUGAAUACGUUAAUGAACUUCGUCUUGCUGGACGCAGAGGAGAACUCUCAGGAGAAACAUUUAUUUUCUUCAACAAACAAAUGAAAGGGAACAAGAGAGAGAUCAUUCAGCUUGGCGUCCCACUAUUCCAAUCAACUACUGAGGAUGCAGCAAGUAAUAUCGAAUCAAUUCCACCUGCUUUGCAGACUGUAAUUGAUCACUUGGUCCAUUGGCGCUUAAUACCAGAAAGUAGGAAGCCCAACAGCUGCAUAAUCAACUUCUUUGAUGAGGAUGAACAUUCACAGCCAUAUUUUAAACCCCCACAUUUGGACAAUCCCAUUUCUACGCUUCUCCUCUCAGAAACGACAAUGGCUUUUGGGCGGUCUCUUGUCAGUGACCAUGAAGGGAACUAUAAGGGAUCCCUAACCCUUCCAAUAAAAGAAGGGACGCUCCUAGUUAUGCGUGGCAAUAGUGCUGAAAUGGCGAGGCAUGUUGUGUGCGCAUCACCAAAUAAGAGGAUGAUCAUCACAUUUGUGAAGGUUAGAUCUGCCAAUCACCUGGCAGAUUCACCAGCCGCGCUACAGCCAACCAAAGCAAUGACCCUGUGGCAACCUGCACCAAAAGUGUCCAAUGCUGGAGUCAUUGCCUAUGGGCCUCACGGCAUGAUUCCAGCGGCAUGGGGUUUGACUCUUCGUAGUCCUGUUGUCAUGCUGGCGCCACCUAGAGCCGUGGCCAUGAGCUCCAGCAAGAAGGCGCCACGCAAUGGCACAGGCGUGUUCUUACCAUGGAUGGUUGGACCAAAGAAGUACACCAAGCAUCUUCCGCCUCGUAUCCAGAAGAGACGGCUACCGUCGUUGCCAUCUCCCUUAGAAGCUCAAGCAUAGAUGCUCCUGGCUCCAGAAAGUCACUGAGUGUGACUCAAGGAUCAUUCUUAAAGAACUAUAGGGAUCAAAGUCAGCAACUUUUGAGGUGCAUUUUCUGUUUUAUGGUGCAGUGCAUGUAGUUAAGGUUGUGACAAGAACGGUGGAGAGGUAUUUGUUGUUCAGAA